ACGCGAAUGGCAAAGUAUGCGCGAUGGACAAACAGUUUACAGUUGAUGCUCGCGCGUCGAGGAAGACACAUUCGUUGCUAGUCCAGUGUACUUGUGAUUUGUGUUUCGCCGGUGUUUAAGGGACAGGUCAAGUAUUUAAUGAAGCGGUAAUCUAAGGAAGCAAAAUAAAAUAUGCAGUCAUCUUUAAAAUUGCAGUUGUUGACUUGCCUGGCAUUGUACGCGUGUAGCGUACAGGCGAUCAUGGUUAAGUUCGGCACGAAGGGUGGUCCCAUAGAACCUCCCACGCCGGAGCCACAAAUCGCUGCGCCUCGGGUCUUCCAUGCCCCAGCGCCAGUCUGGGAGGAACGAACUAAUGACACACCGGAUCCUAACGCUCAUUGGCGACCCUUCAUCCCCAAACAGACAUACACUCAGGUUCUGUUUAACGCACCAACGACUCAGCAACCAAUCAACAACGCGCAACGCUUUGUGAACUUGUAUGCAGCCAGCCAACCUAAAACAAAUGAAUUCAACCCUUCUCAAGUAUUAAGCUCUCAAGGUCUUCCCGGAUUGGGUCUUCGGUACUUUGUGCCCACCUAUGAUUGGCAGAAGAAAGACUACAGGCAAGAAGACGCAAGACAUAAUCAGGUGGAAACAAACCACGUGGAAAGUUCGAGAGAUUCAUCAAGCGAUUUGUUGUGGAAAUAUGAAAAGGAUGCCGUGAGGAGAACUCUUAGGAAUGCUUUGGAGUCAACAGUUCCUGUGUACCAGUGGCAAUGGCCGGCGUAUGUUCAACCUCGACAUUAAUAAUACCUUAAACUUUUAAGCUUCAUUGCAUUAUCCUCGCAUUCCGUCAUUUUGAAACAGGAUAAAAUAUAUGCUUUCAAAUAUAGUUGUAUGUAUAAAAAGUGUUUUAGACGAUUGCGAAAUCCAUAUUCAAUACAUAAUAUAUGUUGUUCGUGUUGUUACGUUCUAUAAUGUUCGAGUACAAAAAUACAAUCACUUUAAUAAGAUUAAAUUGUCAUGCAACAAGGUGUUAACAUAGCUGAUAGAACAAUAGAUAAUAUCGCCAAAACGAGUAUGAUUUUUUUUAAAUCAGUGAAGACUCUGGCAAGAAAUGUUUUCUAGAAAUUAAAUUAAUCGUGUCGUAUGUGUAAUAGAUUAGACAAACGUUAUAAAUUUCGUAAUUUUCGAGCCACACGUUUAAAACGUAAUAGCGUUAUACAAAAAAUACAUUCUCAAAAUAUUAUGGUAAAGUAAUUUGGGGAAUGGAAAAAUAGAAUUUUAAGUACUGUGAUGAUGUAGACUAUUUAGCGUAAAAAAGAGUGCCAGAUAGUAAAAUUAAUCAUUAACUAAAUUUUAAAUAUAUCCAAGCAUUUUUGUCAUAUAAAAACUAAUUCGUAAGCAACAAUCCGUUGAAGUAGAAAUUUUGUGUUUUAAUAAGUUAGGAUUUGUUUAUAUAUUUUUAAUAAUGGGUACAUGCGAAAAAAACAAAUAAGAUAGGAAGGGCCUCCGGACCUGUGAUACAGUUAAACAUUUAUAAAGUUAUGAUCAUGUUACUUGGGGCGCGCAUGCGCAUAUAGGCAAUAUUAUUCUUCGUUUAUCUGUUCGGUAACAAUCGGUACAUGUCUAUUACGAAUACGUUAAUAAUACUUAAGAUAAAUCAAUUAAUGAACUGUUGUCGUUAAUUUCACGCCUAUUUUUAUAUGUAGCCGGGAAAUUCAAGCAAUUUUUUUAUUUUGGCAUUGAAUAAACUGACUAUAAAUGACAACAAAAAAUAUAUACAAAGUUAUAUGC